GUUCUAGCUCUGGUUAGCAGAGCAAAACACCAAACUGCUGCUUCCGCACUGCUUCCUUGUUUAUUAGUUUUAGGGAAAACAGUGCAUUUAGAAGAGAAAAGUUGUUUUUUUUCUCUUGAAACGGCGAGAGCUCCUCCACAAGAUUUUCGCAUACAUCUAACAACGUCUGAUGUCCAGGAGGGAAUUAGGAUCUGAGUUUCACCACAACAAAGUCUGAGUUCUGAAUGGCCACAGCUGCAGAGGAGCCUCCAGGGCUACAAGGCCUCUCUGGUAACCUGCAGAGUCAGUUCUGGAGGAGACUGUCGUCUCUCAGAGGUAAUGAACGAGAUUCGACUGGGACUCGAAAAAAUGCUUCUCCCGAGAGUCCAAGCACCAGCAUGUCUCCGGCCAUGAAAAAAACGAUUGGCCAUCGUGGAAUUGAUCCCACUGGGGAGACAACGUACAAGAAGACAACAUCAUCCGCCCUGCAAGGCGCUAUCCAGUUAGGCAUCACGCACACGGUGGGCAGCUUAAGCCAAAAACCUGAGAGAGACGUGCUGCUGCAGGACUUUGAAGUGGUCGAAAGCAUCUUCUUUCCCAGUGAGGGCAGUAACCUGACACCAGCUCACCACUAUGGAGACUUCAGGUUCAAGACGUACGCCCCAAUGGCCUUCCGCUACUUCAGGGAGAUGUUUGGCAUCCGGCCUGAUGACUACAUGUACUCUCUGUGUAAUGAGCCGCUGAUUGAGCUGUCAAACUCCGGGGCCAGUGGAUCUCUCUUCUAUGUCUCCAGUGAUGAUGAGUACAUCAUUAAGACAGUGCAGCACAAAGAGGCAGAGUUUCUGCAGAAACUGCUUCCAGGAUACUUCAUGAACCUGAACCAGAACAAACGGACCUUAUUACCAAAGUUUUAUGGACUCUACUGUGUCCAGGCAGCGGGUAAGAACAUCCGUAUUGCAGUCAUGAACAAUCUGCUUCCGAGCGCCGUAAAAAUGCACCUCAAGUAUGAUCUAAAGGGCUCCACCUACAAGCGAAGGGCUUCAGUUAAAGAGAGGGAAAAGGCCGUGCCCACAUACAAGGACCUGGAUUUCAUGCAGGACAUACAUGAGGGGUUGUUACUGGAAGGGGACAAGUACAGUGCUGUUUGCAAGACCAUCCAGAGAGACUGUCUGCUUUUGCAAAGUUUUAAGAUCAUGGAUUACAGCCUUCUGGUGGGAAUCCACAAUGUAAAUCAGGCGUGUCAAGAGCAGGCCAGUGAAGAGGCCGGGGCUGUGGACCAAAGGCGGCCACAAGGUCAAAAGUCCCUGUACAGCACUGCUAUAGAGGCCAUCCAGGCUGAGGCAGGGAGCAUGGGAUCACUGGACACAGAGGACAAAACGGGAGGAAUCCCAGCGCGAAACUCAAAAGGCGAGCGGCUGCUGGUCUAUAUUGGUAUCAUAGACAUUCUGCAGUCCUAUAGAUUAGUUAAGAGGCUUGAACACUCAUGGAAAGCUCUGGUUCACGAUGGGGAUACUGUAUCUGUUCACAGACCGAGUUUCUACGCAGAACGAUUUCAGAAGUUCAUGUGCAAUGUAGUGUUCAGGAAGAUCUCAUUAAAAACGUCGCCAUCUAAGAAGCGCCGUUUAGUGGCACAUGUUCCUUUGAGAAAGACAGCUGGCUCAGGGCCUUCUCUGUCGACCCAAACCAGCACCAACAGCCAACACCUUUUACUCCAACAUCAAGUCAGCUCUGAGACCAAAGAAGACACUGAAGGAGACAAUGUCAUGCAGUCAGGUCGUCCUGACCUCCUCCCAAAGACCUUACUGGCCAGCGACGCUGUUGGCACCACUACUGAAACAGCUGUCUCCUCCUCCUUGGAAAACCCUGGAUUUGCUUCCACAAGCCACCCUCUGCCUCACUCUCAGGAUGCCUACAAGUCAGUAGGAGUGGAUUUAAACAACACAUUGAGCAAAGACCAGGAGCACAGCACCACCAAGAGAGCUCAGUAUGAAGAAAGUUCGGAGGAUGUGAUCUCACUCAGUGACAUUGUUCCUGACGCAAGCAAAUGCUCUGUGUAGACAAAUGAACUUAAAUGAAUCGAGACAAACUUGGAGGAUGUUAUUAGCAUGGAUGAAAGGUUACAACCCUGCCUUGGUGUGAUUUGAGGUAAAGUUUUUCAGCGAGACCAAGGGGGAUAUUAAAUGUUUUUUGUUGUUUGGUUUUUGCACAUUGAUUUCCAAAUCACAAGAUGGUAUGAGCAUGUAAGUGGGCGGUUGUGUUCUGACACUAGUAAUUGUCGGUACAUUAAUGCUGUGGUUAUUGAACACUAUUAUUCAUCUCAUAGGAAUGCUUCUAUGCACAACCAAAGAUUGCUAUUGGCACUGACGGCUCAACUCAGCCAGCUUUCAAUGUAGAGUGUAAAAUGAGGACUUUGCCUUAAUUGAGAAUGUCUUUAUUUAAGCUUUGUUAUUUCAAAUUAUUAUUAUUUUUUUUUAAACUAAUUCCUCUUUUGUGUUUACCAAAUUGUUGUAGCUUAUCCUCAUGCAUUCUUGGCUCUGUAAGUGUCUGUCCCACCACCCGAAGGCCCGAGCCUACAGUACUGUUUCUGCUACAUGUUUGACUCAGAUGCUUUAACACAAACUAUGUGAUUUGGGUUGGGAACACAGUUUUAAAUUAAAGGGUUUAUUUUUUAAAGAAAUUACUUUACUGGGUAAGCUGCCAUUUUUUAAGCCUACUCUGAAUGCAUAUCAUGCUGGAACAAGAGGUGAUCCUCAGCUUGCGGUGUCUAUUUAACCAGCUAUUCUGAUAAUGGACUGUGAAUCCUAAAUGUCACCUCAUAUUAAGGUCAAAGAGUUACAUUAAAAUCAUUUUUUUAUACUUAUCUGUAUGAUCUGAUAUCAGUUUAGGUUUAGUGUGUAGACUGGCUUAUGUCCAAAUGUGACCAAAUAACUGAUACGUAGAUGGCUUUGGACAAAGCACGACAACAAACAGUGACCUGGGGCAUGUCACAUGAAGCAAGACAAGUGAGGUAGUCUGCUAAGUUUGGGCUGAACCCUGUCUUCUUUCAGUGUCACAGAGAGAGCUCAAGUUCCAACUGAGUUUUGUUGUCAUGGCCACUAAUGCACCAGACCAAAUCUGCAAAGAGCAGUUUAUGUUUUAAGGCUUUUGGAUAAUUUUAUACAAAAGAACCACCUCCUCACUGAUCAAUUGUGAAGGGGGAAAUUAGUCACAUUCUUACAGGAGCUCAAUGAACAAAAACACAUUAUUCACUUUAAAGUGUCAUGUAUCAAAGAGCAUGACAUUAUUACAAACGUGGUACAAUCACUUGGUUUUUCAUUAUAAUUUAUUAUAUUAAAAACAUUAAUAUAGUAAAUGUUUGCAGUAUAAGCAGGUGUCCCAAUGUGGCUAUAAAAUAGAACAGAAACUAAAAGAGCAGACCGUAGCUAACUCUUAGAUGUACCUGCAGUAAAUAAAAUGUACUGUUUCAUGGUAUUUCUAUUGAUUCAGUGCAGCUUUACAGUAUGUACAUAUUUUAACACUGCAGCCCUGGAGAACAUAACACAACUUUGUAAGUAGUAAUAUUUUAUAUAAUCAUAAAUUGCAUUGUUGGUGUCAUUUAUACAAAGCAUCUGAAACCAGCCCCCACUAAUAUCAUCCAGUUGCUACACCAAUGGCAGUUUCAGACAUGCAGGUCAGUCCAACCUGCACCAUCUAAAGGCAAAAGUAACAGCAGCAGCAGUUUAGACCUGAAGAGUGAUUUGCACCACCUACAGGCAAAGAAAGUGACAGCUUCAGCAACUUUGUCACAGUUGCCACCUUACGACCAAUGAGUGCAAGAACAGUUUUGUUGUUUGUUUUUGGAUGGUGUUAGUAUGUGAAUAUUUGCCGUUUUUAUUUUUUACAUUUUAACCCAACAAAACAUUUUGAUUGAAUGGUAUUGUUUAUCCUCUGUCCUGGUUACUUUGGAGAAAGGAGAUUGUAUUUGUCCAAAGAAAGAAACCCAGGUUGGGAUGCACUUGCCAAAAGAAAAUUAGCAGUGUAGGUUGGUAGGAGUUUUGACUUUGCUGCUGAAUACAUGGGUGAUGAUACUGCAUUUUCUUUAAGUAUUUCUAAUACACUUUUCCACUAUUUGCAGUAGGUCGCUGCUAAAAGUAAAAAAAAAACGAUGUAGGUCACUCAAUAUAAUAUGGAUUACUCAAAUUUGAGUACUUAUGUUAACCACAUAUUAAAGUCUAUAUAUUUUCACACUGAUUCAUGAUGUAUUGCUUUUAUUCAUAAUUCAGUUUUGUUGAUUUGUUGCAUGACCCAACCAAGAUAUAGUUGUAAUUUUUUCACUAUCAAAAUGUUGAUGGCUGCCUGGUGUGUGAAAGUAAAAAAGACAAAACUGUUCUGUCUGCUUUUUGUAAACUCAAACUGGUAGUUGUAUUGGUGCUUCGAUACAAGUUAGCACUCAAAAUGGGUGUGCAAUGUUUAAUAUUUAUAAAUGUUUGAUGUUUCAAAAUGCAGAAAUGUAUUAGAAUUGAUUUUUUUGUCCGAAAGCAUAAAAUAAAUAAGUAAUUUGAAAGAUCCUUCAACUAUGCAACAAUAUUUGUUUACAGCAUAUAAAUAUUUCUGAAUGAAUAGACGGUGCAAUACAUUUAAUGAAUUAUAAUUUUUCAACUAAGAUAAGAUGAAUAAGCAUAAUUUGGGUAUUUUAAUUCAUCCUGUAAAUGGUGUUUUUUUCAUUAUGCUGGCAGUUCUAUCAAACUGUCAAACAAUGCUUUGUCCCUGUAUUUAAAGUGAAACUGUGUGUUUUUGUAAAAACUCCAAAACAUUUACACAUGCAGCCUAUGAACCAAACAUGUACAUAAUCAUAUGUAUUAUAGUAUUUAUUACUGUAUGUAUUGCUCUGGUGUCCAAAAUGUUUAUCAAAAGUGAUUAUAGAUUGAAAAUGUGCCUUUCUGCACAACACAUCUGUAUCUAAGUCUGUAUUAAUGUUGCAGAGUAAAACCUUUGUUUUCUGUAUACUUUGUUAAUUGGUCUUCACUUGCCUUUGAAUUAUAUACAAUAAAUGGGUGCACAUCUGUAUGCAAGAAUCACAACAAUGCCUUUUUUCACACAAUGUAUUUAUAAGUCCUCUAUCUUGCUCUUUUGGGGAUGUCAUGUUUUUGUACCUGAUUAAACAAAAAAAAGAUGUUG